CCAAAAGUCUGAUUCAUAACGAUGCUUCGAGUUUGACCUAAAAUUCUUUUUUUUAUAAACGACAAAAAGGUAAAGAUCUCGUAUUUUUAAUGAAUCUAGUUUGACAGAUUGACGUCAUGUUCUUUUUUCGUAUUUGGAUUCUUCAGUCGUGUUGACACACAUAGUGCAUUAUUUUAGCAUGCCAAAAGCACUGAAAGAGUCAAUUGAACCAGAGCAACUUGACAAUCGAUGGGAUAUAAUAAUGGAAAUAGAAGAUAAUAUCAGUCAUGCUGAGGAUGUUGGCACCGGUGCCAGCAUGGAAAGGGAGUUUAUGGAAGACAAUACAUUUACAGACUUGCCAAAUGCAUUAAUUGUCACUAACGUUGCUGAAUGUGUAUUUGAUGAUGAAGAUGCAAAGAAGAAACUAGAAGAUGUGUUUAGAGUUUUUGAUAAAGAUGCGUCUUUCCAAUAUUUAAAAUGUUUUCGACGAGUUCGAGUAAACUACAUAUUGCCUGAUGCUGCAGUUAAGGCCAGAAUACAUUUACAUGAAACACAAAUUUGUGGGCAGGUGUCAAAAUGUUUUUUUGUUCAGCCAAUACAUACCAGUGGAGGUAACAGUCCUCAUCUGAAACUGCCACCUCUUACUAAACAAUUCCUCAUCUCACCACCAGCCUCUCCACCUUUAGACUGGGAACCAGUGCAUGAAGCUGAACCAGUCAUUAAUUUUGAUUUAUUACAUGCCAUGGCCAAUCUUGCUCCAGGUCAAAGUCACGAACUUCAUCCUCCGUCAGACAAACACCCAGCCAUUGUUGUACAUAUUUGUGAAGACUCCUCAGACCCCGACAUGAACCAACCUCCAAAGAUUAUCCAGACACGUAGACCACCAUAGUCUUAUAUCACUUUAUAUGUGACAGAAAAAAUUUCCAAGAAUUUGUUCAUGGCAAUUAUGUAUUCUUCAACUGUUACCAUUGACAACCUGUGUUGCCAUUUGUUGGACAUCAAAAACCAAUGUACAAAACAUGUAUUAUUUGAUCAGUGUUAUCCUGUUAUAUGUAGAUUUUAUUUUUACAAAUAUUUUGAAUUUGAAAAAAAAGGAAAAAGAUAUAUUUGCUGAAGAUCUGCAUUUGUCCUUUUGGGAACUGGAAAGUUUUGAUAUAUAGUUCAAUAUUAGUUAUAAGAGGUCUGUCAGACAUGCUAUCCUUCAAUGGGCAAAAGGAUGAGGCAAGCCAAAACAAAUAGUCAAACAAUAAACAAUAUUUAAAAACAUCAGAACAUUGAAAUAUCUUAGUCACCUAAAUGGUUUAGUUCACAGUAUAUAUAUCUCUAUGUUCUAAUUGUGUUUGUUUUUUUUGCAAUCUAAUUAUUUCAGAAAUGAGAAUAAAAAACCCUCAACUGUAAGCAGUAAUCCUAAAAGGUCCUGUUGGACAUUGGCAAGGUUUCUAUACAUUAGAGUUUGGUACAUGUUGUCUUACUGUAACUAAAUAAAAGAAAAAACUACAAUCUAUGAAAUAUGAAUAAAUCAAGUUAUAUGUUGAUAUAAAUAAAUUUGGUGUAUUUACUGUCUUCUGAUUGGUUAAAAUUAUUAGUUUUAUUUUCAAUGUUGUCAAUUUUUAUGGCGACACGCCCACUCUGACAUUGUGUAUUCAUACGCCAACAUGUGUGUAUGUUGUUAUUGUUAAUAUAACUAAUAUAAAAAGUUCUUUGAGCCUUAUUUUUGAUGAAAAUUUAUUUAUAAUGAAUGGCAAUAAUUUAUUUUGAUUUUAUUGAACCAUAAAACUAAUUUUUGACUCUUCACAUUUUACAUAAUCAGCUUCGCGGAUUAUUCAAUGUGAAGAGUCAAAAAUUAGUUUUAUGGUUCAAUAAAUUCAAAAUAAAUAAUAGCCAUUCAUUAAAUGAGUGUGAAGCAAAGCAACAUGAAAAUAAUCCUAAAGAGACACUAAGAAUACAUCUUGAUGUUGCAAUGAUUUAUCUAUAAACAUUUUUGUCAAUAACAACUGCAUAUAAAGAUUUCUAAAUGUAUAGUAAACAUGGUAUACACCACAUCUCCUUUUAUUCAUACUUAAAAAAACAAAAAAUCUAUAAAAAUGCACAAUUUAAUUAAGAAAUAUUUGAUCAUUUCUAAUUUGAUUUUUUUUUUCAUAAUAUUUUUUGUAUUGGUCAAUUUGAUACUUGUUCAUGUUGAACAUUUACAAAUGAAAUAAAGUAUCACAGCAUAAUGUUUGUGAUAAAAAUACACUAAAAGAAACCACUUACUGAGUAUGGGGAAGUAUUUUCUAAAUGCAAGGCAAUAAAGAACAGACUUGUAUAACAAUAUUUAGAAAGUUGUCUCUAGUCAUCUAAAGGAGUAGGUCCAGUAAGACCCCUUUUUGGCCCCAAAAUAUAGCAGUUUUACAAAAUUGUUAAAAUGUAAACUUUUAGUUAUUUAAUUGACAGUAGAAUGCUUCUGCAACAUAAAUAUGAGCUGUUUUUGCCAAUUACAAUGCACAUAUAUCGGGUACUAGCACCAACUAGUCAUGCUAAAUUACUGAAAUCUUUGAAAUCUUCAUAAUUCUUGCAUUUUAGUUAAAUUUAAGACGAUUUCCGUGUAAAACAAAAGUGGCCGCAUUCGUGUUCAUCCUAAAUAUUGAAAUGUUAGUUGUAUUUGAUGAUAAAACAUAACAUAUAUAAAGGUUAAGGAUGAACAGGGAUGUGGCCACUUUCAUUUUUGACAAAAAAACAUCUAAAAAGUGACAUUUUUCGGCAUAUUUGGUAGAAUUUUCAUAUUUUAGCUUGAAUCGGAACAUUUUAAUGGCUAAAUAAGUUAAAAUCUUUCACAUAAAUUUAUUGAAUCAAAUAAAAUAGACAAUCUGAAAUUUGAGGCCAAAAUCGGUCCUUACAGGACCUACUCCUUUAAUAUUGUCAGUACUUGCAUGUAGUUUGAAAGAAUAUAUCAUUAAACACUGGUGCUAGAUAUAUAUGUAUAUAACAAAUAUGUAAUGUAGUUGUAUAAUUUAAAUUGUACCAUUUUUUGUUGAGGCAGGAAAAUCUUCUAUAUAAACAUUGAUGGUUUUUUUAUGCUUUGUAACCUUUCUAUAUGAUUCAGGGAGAAGGUAUUAAGAGUUUAUUGGGUAAAGACCCAACAUAAAAAAGGACGAGCUUGACUAGUAGGAUUUUGAAAACAGGAAUUUAGCUGCAAAAAUUCUAUUUUAAAAAAUCUUUUUUUUAGUCUGAUUGAAAGUUUAAGUCUGAUUGAAAGGCAAUGAUAUUUGUUCAAGGUCACUACAUAUUUCUAAAUUGGAGCCUAGCUGGCUACUCUCAUAAAAAGACAUGUUGUUCCUGUCAAUUUUUAUUAUUUUAUUUCAGUAAAGGACAAUGGCUAUUGUAAAACAAAGUUUUUAGCUCAAGAUUUGUCGUUUCUAUAGAUAAAAGUAGACAACAUUUGUACAAUUCAGAUUUCCUUGCUAUUUUCUAUUGUUGGACUCACUCAAACACUUCCAUUUAGCUUAAUUUAGGGGUCAACUACUGUAAACCAACUUAUUUUCCGAGCGAUUUAUUUUCCCGACUUUCGCAAGUAGAAAACUAACUCGAAUAUAAAUCGUCGCAAUUAUGUAAAACUUUGAUCUUUCCAUAUUAAACUUCAUCAAAUAAAUCAAGUAAUUGCAAAAUUAAAUAUCCGGGAAGUGGUCUUCACAGUUUAAAUCGCGAAAUAAAGUAUCAGCGAAAAUAAGAUGGUUUACAAUAUGUAUGGGAUUUUUUUUCAGUCAUGGGCUGAAUUGAUCAAAUUUUGUCCCAGUGUUUUUUUAAUUUUUAUCAAUAAUGGUUUAUAGAUGUAUAUAACUUAAAUCAUUUGUUUUAGCUGGUGGUGUCAAAUUCUUCAGAGCAGUUUUUGCAUUACUGUGUAAUAAAUUAUAUCAUUCAGUGGAAGCUUUUUCUGUAGAUAUUCAAUACUGAAGUGCUGGUUGUAUUUUGUAUGAUAGUUCACAUAAUAAUAUUACAGGGUAAAAUUCAAGCAUUAAAGGUUUUGUAGAUAAUCAUUUUAUUAUGCAUAGCAAUUAACAAAUGUUACUCUAUCUUUUCACUUCACAGUUUCAUAAACUAAAAGACUAUGUGGGUUAUUGCAUUGUUUGCACAGUAACACCAAAAUGAAAACAACAUCAUGGCAUUGAUAGAAUUUUCACUAUUUCAAGUUAGGACAUUGUUAUGACCAAUGACAACGUUUUGGUUUACCUCUGUGAAAUGUUACCCAGAAUGCGUAAGAUUCUGAAAUGUCAAAUUGUAUAGAAUAACAGAUUUCAUAUUAACUUAAUUUUGUUUUUAAAGUCAUCCUAAGUUAGAAUUAAAGGGUCAUAUGAGGUUUUACUAUCUCUUGGUAUCCAUCAACUUAAGCUUCUUUAAGAGAACUAAAUGGAUUAAAGCCAAAUUUGGUAUAGACUUUUAUUACUUUCAUGACCAAUUGUAACUAAGAUAUCUAAUAUAAAGACUUGUCUCUAAUGGAUGGAAAUAGAACCACUAAACUUGUUGAAAUCAGUGGUGACACAAUAGGGGUCCUUUUGGGAGAAUGUUUUAGGAGUGUUGAAAAUUAAAAUAACAUUCCUGCUUGUAGAAAACUUUUUAUAUAUACAUUAAACCAAGUGUGACCUAUACAGAUAAAUAAUCUUGUGGAGAACUACAUUGUACUUUAUUAGUCAAAACCAAAAAUUAAAAAGUGCUUUCAAACGUAAAUGGAUAAAAUUUGUUCACAUGUUUCUAAAUCCAUGGUGUGAUUCAGUAAUCAUCAAAAUUGUGGAAAAUUUUAUUUUACUUGGUUAUGAAAGUUUAAAAAAUAUAAGUCAACCUUUUUAAAAGUAGAUUGACUGAACUGAUGAAGAUAUUCUUGUGGUUUAUUUGAUGAUGAACGCUUGCUUAUAUGGUAAUAUGCUAGUUUUACAGGACAGACUGUUUAUUUGUUAAAAUAUUUUAUAGAGGUCUAUGCCUUCUGAUUGAGAGUAAAAAGUAAAAUAACAAAAACACUGAGCUCUGUGGAAAAUUCAAAAUGCAAAGUCUCUUUUUAAAUUGCCAAAUCAAAAGCUCAAACACAUCAAACGAAUGGAUAACAACUGUCAUAUUCCUGACUUGGUACAAGCAAAAUGAUCUCAAUAUAAAAUUUAUUUUUUUAAAAACCAUUUUUUUUAAUACAACAAUUCAUACCACCAUUUUACAGCCUCUGUCGUUGCUCAUUCUAUAUACAUGCAUGUCAGACAUUUAACCUCAUAGUCCUGAAGACUCAGAAUUGGCGAAAAACAUAUUAAAAUUCUGUCAUGUUCAUCUUGGGUCUUAUAGACUAUAUAAGAAGUGAAAAAAAUAUUUUAAGAUAAUAGUUCUUCUCCAUAAUUAUUUUGUUUAUUUUUAAAAGUUACUUGUAAAUUACACCCUCAUUAUAUGAAUUGUUGUGUAUUGAUUAUUCAUUGGUACCAGUAUUAAAUGAAAUUCUGGAACCCAGCAAUUGGUUGUCCUAGUUUCUUUAUGUUAUUUUUUUAUCAAGGAGUAUUUCAUCAGUACAUUGUAGUUUCAAUUGUUUUGGAUUAUAGGAUUAUACAACAGUCUUCACAAUUAAUCAAAAUCUUGACAGCCAGUAACACAAGUAUUGGAUCAGAUGCCUCAUUAGCCAUGUUACUGUAAUUUAUAGAUUUAUUUUUAAUUAAAUAUUUGAACAUCUGAAAACAUUUUGUGAAGACUGGCACCUUAUGUUGACCUCUGUUUGCUUUUUUAUUUGGUUUGUGUUGAAUUUUUGUGGUGCUGUCUCAAAUAUUGACCUCACAAUCCCCUUUAUUUGUAAAAUUACCAGAAAUUAAUUCUCUGCUAAUAAUUGUAUUUUCUCCACAGUUAUCAUACAAACUGUAUAACGUUGCAUAAUGCUUAGAUAUAUUUA